GUGUUUUGCACAAUUCUGCCUUAAUCAUCUUGUAUGAGCUACACCAGAGACACAGUGCUUGUUGUGAGUACUGCUCCAGCCUCCAGAUGGACAAACAAGGGGCGAGUAGAAGACUGUCUGGGAGAUGGCUUGUAGUUUGCCGUUUUGCGUUGUUCACUUGUUUCUUGGAUGCAGUCCGGGGACAGAUUCGUUACUCAAUCCCUGAGGAACUGGAGCAUGGAGCUUUCGUUGGCAACAUUGCAGAGGACCUGGGCUUGGAUUUGGACAAGCUCUCUGCGCGCAGAUUCCGGAUAGUCUCGGGUGCCAAGAAGCAAUAUGUGGAGGUAAAUUUAGAAAAUGGAGUUUUAUUUGUCAAUGAAAGAAUUGAUCGUGAAGAACUAUGCGAGCAGAGUUUGUCCUGUUCUUUCCACUUGCAAGUGGUCAUAGAAAACCCUCUGGAGCUGUACAGGGUGGAGAUGGAAAUACUGGACGUGAACGAUAACUCUCCUAGUUUCCCUUGGACAGAGUUUAAUCUGGACAUAUCUGAGUCCGCUGCGCCAGGAUCACGUUUCCCACUUGAGAGCGCACAGGACUUAGACGUGGGAUCCAACUCGCUCCGCACCUAUUUGCUGAGUGUAAAUGAGCAUUUCCUUUUGGAUAUACAGACUCGCAGUGAUGGCAGUAAAUUUGCAGAACUAGUCCUACAAAGCCCACUGGACAGAGAGCAGCAAAGCGCGCAUCAAAUGGUCCUAACCGCUGUGGAUGGAGGCGCGCCGGAGAGAUCCGGCACUGCGCAAAUUGAUAUCACCGUUUUGGAUGCAAAUGAUAACGCGCCUGUGUUUGAUCAGUCGUUUUACAGAGUGAGGCUCGCUGAAAACGCACCCAAAGGCACAGUUGUCAUAAAGCUCAAUGCGUCCGAUUUAGAUGAAGGUCCAAAUGCUGACAUCACCUAUUCAUUUAGUGGCCACGCGCCCAUCAAAGUGCGUCAGCUUUUCAGCGUAGACUCACGCACGGGGGAAAUCAAAGUAAAAGGAGUUAUAGAUUACGAAAGGGCCAGGAUGCAUGAAAUUUAUGUUCAGGCUAAAGACAAAGGUCCCUCCGCUGUAGCAGUGCAUUGUAAAGUUCUUGUGAACGUUCUGGAUAAAAAUGACAACCUCCCAGAGGUGAUCCUGACAUCAGUGUCCACACCUGUGCAGGAGGACGCACCCCCGGGGACGGUGAUAGCCGUCAUCAGUGUAAUGGACAAAGACUCGGGUGAAAAUGGGAAUGUGGACUGUGAGAUCCCCAAUCUCGUCCCAUUCCAGCUACACUCAUCCUUUAAGAACUACUACACAUUAGUAACAAGUGAUUUUCUGGACAGAGAGGCAGUUGCAGAGUACAACAUCACCCUCACAGCCCGAGAUAUGGGCUCCCCAGCGUUAUUCACCAGGAAAACUAUUCUGGUCCAGGUGUCUGAUGUGAAUGAUAACGCGCCCCACUUCAAACAGCCUUCCUACACUGUGUAUCUGACUGAGAAUAACGCACCAGGAGCAUCCAUAUGCUCGGUGACUGCACAGGAUCCAGAUUAUGGUCAAAAUGCAUACCUUUCCUAUUCUAUACUGGACGGGGACAUACAGGGGAUGCCAGUGUCCACAUAUGUGUCCAUAAACUCAGACAACGGGAACAUUUACGCGCUGCGAUCCUUCGACCACGAGCAACUUAAAAACUUUCAGAUCACAGUUCAAGCGCAAGACGCCGGUUUUCCGCCUCUGAGCAACAACGUCUCAGUGAUCAUCUUUAUUCUGGACCAGAACGACAAUGCACCUGUAGUUGUGUCACCAGUUCCGCAAAACGGCACAGCACCAAGCGGAGUGGUGCCCAGAUCAGCUGACGCCGGUUAUCUUGUCACCAAAAUCAGCGCGGUGGACGCAGACGCAGGUCAGAACUCGCGUCUGUUUUAUCAGAUGCUCCAAGCAACAGACCCGAGCAUGUUCAGCAUCGCUCUGUACACGGGAGAAAUAAGGACAAUACGCCAGUUGGUGGAGCAAGACCCCACGAGGCACAGAUUGGUCAUUCUUGUGAAGGACAAUGGUCAGCCGCCCCUCUCGGCCACUGUUUCCAUCAUUCUGUCAGUGGUUGACAGCCUGCCAGAUUCCAAGCCCGAUUUGGGUGACCUGUCACUAAGCCCACAUCACAGCACCAACUUCACCCUGUACUUAAUCGUGUCUCUGGGCGCAAUCUCCUUCACAUUUCUGGUGGCUAUUAUCGUCCUGGUUGCAGUGCGGAGACUGAAGGGCAGAGCGUCCAGCACUGAGUCCAACUUCCCCCCCUCCAUCGGCGGCUGUUGCUGCUGCUGCUCCCGCUCAGAAACCCCCACCACCACAGAGGUGUUUAAAAAGUCAAACUUAAAUGUCCGGAUGUCCACAGGCGCGUCCGGCUGCGCAGAGGCGAACAGCAACGGAGCGCUUCCUCAGGUCUACUGCUACAAAAUGUGUCUGACACCGGAAUCGUCCAAAAGUGACUUCAUGUUUCUCAAGCCUUGCAGUCCCAUAAUGUCAGUUCAGCAGAAUAACGCCAAGAGCACAGAUUACCUCACUUCUGGCUGGAGCGCACUGGACCGUAAUGAGCUGGCCAACAACAGAGCAGCGACUCCAAACGAGCUCAAGUAUUCAAACAAGGACUGGACCUGGACCAAGAAUCAACGCAACUCAGCAUACAAAAGGUAUAGUUCAGCUAAUAUGGAGGGCACUCUUUCACGGCAACAAAAAUAUGAUGCCCAUGGGUUCUCCUGCUCUGUGGCACCACAGUACUGGACCUGGGGAAACCAUAUGAAAGACUGCAAGAUUUCUCUUCAAGAGGGAGCAGUUCCUCACUACUCAUGGACUCCAAAGUACACUCAACCUCAGUCUGAAGCACCAGACUACCAGCACAAUGUGUACAUACCUGGCACCACGUCUGACUACAGCACUCUGAAGCUGGCACACAGAGGGGAGCUGGAUGUCUACAACACAUUCUCUACUUUUGGAAAGAAAAAGAGAUAUAUCUCAAACUAUGAACAAUCUUUUGACAAUGAUGAUAGUCUCAUCGUAAGUAACGACAUUUUCAAAUGAGACACCAACUCUGCUGUCUCUCUACAGCACUGUAUAUGCUAUUACCUAGUUCAAUUAUUAAUGACAAACUGCUUCUCGGAGGCUUGAUUCUCCAUUCCAGUUUAAUUUAACACUACUCUUUACCCAAAAAGUAUGGUUUUCUUUGUGUAAAUACUAUAAUAGAUCUUUUUUGAGUCAUUGUGGGAUCAAAAGAUGACAUUUCCAUUUCCAUCAUAAAGUUUUAUUGUGUAAAGUCAGAAAAAUUGGAACGCUAGAGAGAAAACUUUUCUGUUCCAGCAUCUGUGAGCUCAGGUAAAUGUGAUUUGAUCUGUUCGGAGGCUGCUGGUGCUCAGUAUGGUUAUAGUGAGUGACUGUCCGAAUGCAUCUGAUUUCAAACUGUGACAUUGUUUUGCAGACAAAGAUUGCAAUAUGACAUAGAAAUGAUGAGUGUAACCAUGCAACAUGUCCACCAGGACAUAAACAACCAGGGGUCAUUGAGAGAUAGUGGAAUAGCAUCACAGCUGUGAAUUGACUCACUGGGUGUGUGCAGUAGACCGUUACACUGACACGUCACAUCCCACCGUUGACACUGACAAGGGCAACAACACAGGUGUAAUGUUACUGCAAAUAACACACACCUCCACACCACUGCUGAAGCAGCUCACUCACUGCCAUGCAUUCCAGAUUUGUAUUCAUCAUUGAGUGUGAUCUUAAAAUUACACAGUAAUGCUGAGUAGGACUAAUCACUCUGUAUAUAGUCUAUGUACAUUACAUAUUAUAUAUUAAUAUCAAUAAAUCUGUCCUCAGCUCUGUAGUUGUUUUUCUUGUUGACAGAACAGCCAUAUUUUUAUUCCUGUCAUUUUUGUACGCUGAACGUGUUUAUUCUCACUCUGAAAUAAUGGCGAGAAAACUUCACCAUGAAACUAAUUUCACCAUGAAUAAAUAAAUACAUCAAAAACUG